GAUCUUUCCAGGGGCGGGACGGGGGCAGAACGCUGCGGUUACCUACGGAUAAGUAGCCUCGGCCUUGUUUCUAUGGAACCUUGCUGAAAGGUUGCCGGUAAUAGGAAAGCUACGUAAACAGAAAUGGUACAGUAGAUCUGUCUUUAAACUAUGGGCACCUUCGAUAGAUAAUUAGCAGCAAUAGUUUGGUGCUUCUGUUUUUCAUCACUGGUUAUUUGGACAAAUCACGAUUUCACAGCUUCGUUCGAAUUUCGGAAGCGGAGGUCACAUUCGGUCCGCAUUCGGACUUGCCCGUAACUUGCAAACAGAGAGGGUGAAGCUCAAACGUAAUACUUGUUACUGCAUUAAUUGUAUUACGCACUUCUACAAUGUAUCAACAAUAGGCUACAUUAUACAUCGCGAUUCUUGACGUAGGCGCUUCUUCAUGUGACCUGACUUCCCGAUGUGCUACUAAAGUUCUGUAGUUCUCAUGGACUUCUCGUGAAUUUAGUUUAAUGUAGUAGGCAUUAGACAGUAAACGGGUUUUAAAUCAACAUUCUUAAAUCAACAAACAAAUCAUAAGACGCAACAUGGCUUUUGCCAUUCCUAUGGUUAUAGUUACGCUGUUUUGGGGAUUUGUUGGAGGGGUGGUACCAUGGUUUAUUCCGAAGGGACCAAACAGAGGGUGAGUAUUGCGGGGCAGAAUUCAUUUUCUACUGUGCAGGAAAUGUGAAAGAGAUGAGAAUGAAAAAUAAUCCUGUCUGUCGGAUUUUAUUGUAUAAUAUCGAUAUUAUAUCACAAAAAGUAUGAAAUGUAUAAGCAAAUUACGUUUUUGUUAUGGCCCACUCUUUGAUGGUGUGGCUUUAAACUUUAGAAAAAUAACAUGUUUAUUCCAUGGCAUUACUGUAUGAAUGGCCAUAUCUGCUUCUCACAGGGUCGUCAUUACCAUGCUAGUAUUGACUGCAGUUUGCUGCUACUUGUUCUGGUUGAUAGCCAUUCUCUCCCAGAUGAAUCCACUGUUUGGACCUGCUUUGAGUAAUGACACUAUUUGGUAUCUGCAAUUCCACUGGCGCUGACUCUGCCCUCAAUGACUGAGAAAGGCCCAGGAGGACCAAGGACAAAGGCAUCAUAAACCUGUCCAUUUAGCUUCUUUUAAACUUUAUAUCUGACUCUUGGUUUACCUAAGAUAAUGGUCAAAUCAAAUUUAUUUAUAUAGCCCUUCUUACAUCAGCUGAUAUCUCAAAGUGCUGUACAGAAACCCAGCCUCCAAACAGCAAGCAAUGCAGGUGUAGAAGCACGGUGGCUAAUCAUGGUAAUAAAUAUACUGAAAUAGCUUGCAAAUGGAAGUCAUGCUAGCCUGUAAAUCAGUUAGCAACAUCUAGGGAAGCUAUAUCUGUGAAGGAAUUUGAAAAUGAGGGGGCAAGUGGUUGAGAUACACAAAGCAUCAUUGAGUGAAAGUGAUUGUUUUAUUUCUUACUGCUGAGUAAUAGCCUCUUCUAUUGAUAGAGAGGGGGGGGGCUGGCAUGUGGCCGGGGAGUGCAGGCAGAUCUAAGUCCUCCAGACUUUCCCACAAGGCCCUGAGCUCAGACCCUCCCACCAAUGGAAUCCUUGGCUUUGUUAAAAUGUAUUUUAUUAACCACACAGUUACUAAGUAUUUUAAGUUAAAUGCUCUUUGAAUGUAUGAUAUAGGAUCUUCAGCGAUGAUUGGAUUCACAUUACCGUGCUCAUCCUAUCAGCUUUAAGUGUUUCUCAAAACUCAUGUUGUCUUGUUUAUUUGUCUGUUAUAAUUAAUAUUUGAAGGUGCCUCAAAAUCCACUUUGUGAUUUUGUUUUUGGACUGUAUGUACAUUUUUGGGGACACAAUGUGCCCAAGCAAUUUCUGUACAGGCAGUAAUGUUGACUAAAUGAGUUAACCUAGUCUGUAUGUUCCAUGUUUAUCUUGCCCCGGGCACAUUUUUCCCAACAUAGUAACAAUGUCAAAUCACAGUACAUAACAUAUAGCAUUAUGGCAGAUCUAAUCAAAGAUGUUAUUUAUAAUGUACAGUAUAAUAUUUGUAAACCCUAAUGACUUGAGUUUCAUGCUUGCACCAAGCAAGUGUAGCCUAGAGCCUUUGGAAAUAUAUAAGUGUCAUUAUUAAAGUAUUUAUAUUACUUCCCUAUUAUAAAAAUGUCUGGAUAAUUGUAUUAUAGCAUCUGAGGUGUGUGCAAUGCUCUGCAUUGUGUGCAGUAGUAUACUGUAAUUUAGGUGCAAUGUUUUGGGUCAAUCUUAAAGCUUCAGUGCGAUUGGUCAGUGAGGGACCACGUGACUACGUAGUCACGCGCUUACCAAGGAACCCGUCAGGAAGAAGAAAAACAAAACAAACGCAAGAGAAAGGCAGCGUGGACUCCAUUGAAAUUGCUUUGUUAUUGCUCAGAUAGGAAUAAACACGAAGCGAAACACGACACAAAACGUUCAUAUGGGGUUUCUAAAGAUUUUUCUACUGUCGGUUGACAUCAUCCGAAGACGACUGGGACACGAGGUGGAGGAAAAAUUCACAAUAAGGAACAGAGAUCGGUGCUCGGCGAUGCCUCAGCCCGGCAUCAGUGGAAUGGAUCUUCCCUUUGGGGAUUUCUUUCAAAAUUAUACUUUUGCUGAUCAGGCGCUGACCAGCACGGACCUGUUGGCGAGUAACACAGACCCAGACUUCAUGUACGAACUGGACAGAGAAAUGACUGCUUGCCUAAGUCCUAGAGUUGAUCACUUCACGGUGGGGGACUGCAAGGAGAUGGAGUGUGGGGAGCACCUCAUGGAGCUGGUGGACAGCGACCCGGCCUACAGCUCGAACUUUGAGCAGUGGGAUACGUACUGGGAGGACCUGACCAAGUACACUCGUUUCACCAGCUGUGACAUCUGGGGCACCAAGGAGGCAGGCCUGGAUGACUUCUCCAGCCCUUACCAAGAUGAGGAGGUGAUUGCCCGGACCCCCACCUUGGCUCAGCUCAACAGCGAGGACUCGCAGCCCCCUGUGUGUGACACACUCUACCACCCUGAUCUGCUGAUAGGGGGCCAGAAGCAGCACACCUCCCUCCACCCACUCUCCCUGAGCAAGAAGACAGCCGCCCGCCCGGGCACUUCCUCUUCCUGCUCCAACCUGGUCAAGAACCCCCUGGGCGACUUUGCCAAGGGUUCCCAGAAGGCCACCUGGCCUGUCCCCUCCAGCACAGAGACAAUGUCCAAGGCCCAGGGAACCAGCAAGAUGGCCACCCUGGGCUACCACUGCAAUGACUACGUGCGCAAAGCAAAGGUUCGCAUCAGCAUGCCCCACCGGCCCCUAGUCGACAUGCCCACGGCCUCCCAUCAGGUUGAGGCCGAAAACCACUUCACGUACAGCAGCAAGCCCCCUGAGCUGGCCACCACAUCUGGCUGUGCUGCCCCCGUGGCUGCUCCUGCUACUGCAGCCUCUGCCUCUGCCUCCGCCAGCACUCUGGCCUAUGAGAAGACGGUAGAGCUGCCUCGCCGGGAGAUGCCACCCGCCUCAGUGGGCACGUCUGGAGCUGUGCCCCCUAUGCUCCACUACCCUGUAGCUGGGGCUGGGGCCAGUGAGACCCUGCUGACUGCCAGUGGGACUGACCCAGUCUCUGACAAGAAGAAGGAGGAGGAGCACAACUACUCCCUGUUCCUAACCCGAGCCAGGCUGGCCGGGAAAGCCCUCACUGAGGAGGAGGAGGAGGAGGAGGAAGAGGAGGAGGACGAAGAGGAGGAGGUGGGGGAGGACGAAGAGGAUGCUGAGGGGGUGGAGCUGGAUGAAGAUCUCGAUGAAGAUCAUGAUGAGGGUUUUGGCAGCGAGCAUGAGCUCUCUGAGAAUGAUGAUGAGGAAGAUGAGGAGGACGAUGAUUAUGAGGGGGAUAAAGAUGAUGACAUGAGCGACGCCUUCUCCGAGCCAGGUAGCCAUAUAUCAGGAUGUGACAAUGACGCGGUGGAGGACGUGAAGGGGCUGACGGCAGGGAUCUCCAGGAAGAGGGGCAAGCGCCGCUACUUCUGGGAGUACAGCGAGCAGCUCACCCCCUCCAAGCAGGAAUGCUUGCUCAAGCCGUCUGAGUGGGACAGGGAGACCCUGCCCAGCAACAUGUACCAGAGGAAUGGCCCACACCACGGGAAGUACACUCUGAAGAAGUCUCGGCGGACAGAUGUGGAGGACUUGACCCCUAACCCUCGCAAGCUGCUGCAGAUCGGGAACGAGCUGCGUAAGCUCAACAAAGUGAUCAGUGAUCUGACCCCGGUCAGCGAGCUGCCCCUCACAGCCCGCCCACGCUCCCGCAAGGAGAAGAACAAACUGGCAUCCAGGGCCUGUCGACUGAAGAAGAAAGCUCAGUAUGAGGCCAACAAAGUCAAGCUGUGGGGUCUGGGCACAGAAUACGAUCGGCUUUUGUUUGUCAUCAACACCAUAAAGGAAGAGAUAGUGAACAGAGUGCAGGAUAUCUGCGACGACAAGGGAACUAGCAUGACUGAAACUCUGGACAAACUCAUCCAAGAGACCCUUGUGAAGUCACCAGUUGCCGGGCAGACGUCUGACUUUGUUAACCAGAUCCUAGAGAACACUGGCAAGGGGGAUCCCACUGGAGGACUGGUCGGGCUGCGCGUACCCACGUCUAGAGUGUAGACGGACCAUGUAGAGGUCUGGUGAUGGCAUACUCAAAGCCAUCCGCGCCAUUCUUGUCCCACACUGUAACGGCUCACCCUCUGCAUGACCAUUCCAUCCAGGAAUCGCAUCACCAUGCCCUGUGGGAAGACAUACAUACCACGCUCCAAAUGUAUGUAUGUCUUCACACUGUGAGCAUGUGCUGAAAUGAAACUUAGUAUCUAUCUCUGCACUAGUAGUCUGUUACUCGCCAUUUGUGCACGUGGCUAGUGCACGUGGCUAGUGCACGUGGCUAGUGCACGUGGCUAGUGUCUUUAGGGCCGCAGUGUUUGCGAAUUCAAAGCCAAUAUAUGAAAAAUACCUCCCGAAAUGUUUAUGUUGGAAGAAAAAAAAAAUCUGUCAAAACAGAAUGAUUAUCAGUUCUAGCUGUAGCCAUUUCCUGUAGCGUUCAAACGACCCGUUUCAUGCCUGCGUACCUGGGUGGGAAAGGCAACACAGGAUGCCGUUAUAUUUAGAGUGAGACGAUGGGAUGGCACGAGAUAUUUGCUAUUGAAACCUAAAUAGUAACUUGUCAAUCCCAUGUCCUUGUCACCUUUACUGAACUGUGCUUCUCAGAUGAAAAAAACCUUAAAACAGCCACUGGGUAUUCCAUAGUGUCUACUGUUGUGGAGGUAUAGGGAACGCUUCAUACCUGUUGUCUGCUUUCCCAUUCUAGCACCGUGGCAUUCACAUAGGAGGAGAUGUUACCCAAUACUCUCAGCCUGCCAACCACAUUAUAAGGCAACAAAAACACACAAGCACCUGAAUUACUACUAACAUUAAGAAAGUCUACUUUGACAGAAUGACGCUAAAAAUUUGUAGAAGUUGGGGGGGAUACACAGGAAUGCAGUGAAAGGUUGUUUUGCAAUUUGGCCUGAUUUUUCAAUUCCAUUGUCCUGUGUUUUUGCAGUUGAGAAGAUAUUUCAAAUAGACUUGAGCAGAAGGCCACUAUAUUCCCAUCCUUUGCAUGGGAAAAUUCUUAGUCAUCUGACUAUAAGCUAGAUGAUGUGAUUAUAACAAACCAUUUCCUCUAUCUAUAUACCCUUUGGUUGAAGCGUCUUCAAAUGAAAACACCAUUGGCUUCUUGCAAAGUAGGGAUGAGAGGGCUAAUAGUUUGAAGUUCCUUAGUUUGGUGUGUUCAUAUUUGUAUUUAAUAACAGUACUGUUCAUUGUGCCUUGUAUUUAAAGUGAGAUGAUUACACAAGUGGUUGAAGGAUAGUGGACCAUUUUACACUGAGGGAGAGCAGAACAUGGUGCAGGGAAGGUCAAGAGGUUUGUAAUGUAUUUCUGCUCUUUCAAGCUAUUCUGAAUGUACAUAUGGACAUGGAACAUGUAGAUAUAUGCCACAGAGUCUGUGCAUUGUAUUAUAAGAUGGCUCUGACAAAAAUGUACUUUGGUUAUCGGUACUUGGACUUUGGGGCUGGGGAUGGGGAUGGGAGGGUUAAAAAGGAUAUUCGUAUAGAAUUUAAAAAAUAUUUGCACACUAUAUUUUGAUUGCUUUUUGUACCAAAGACACAUGCAACGAAAACGGCGACUAGCCAGAUAAAGUAAGGUUUUGCACAGCUUACCUGACACCGUAUUGAAUGUAGGAAAUGUGGUAGGGUCAGGGAUUUUCAUUGAACUGUGAAAUUUGCUUGGGUCCAAUUACGUACUGAAAGAAGCAUUCAUUAACUUUUUCUAAAUGGCUCCUGUCAGUUGGCUUCUCAAGUAGAUUAGUUGCUUUAAAAACAUUUGAUAGAUUCCAAAAGUUACAUGUAAUACUUCCACUUCUUCUAUUGUGCUUUGGCACGAAGUAGAAAAGAGAUGGAGAACAAUUGCAUAAUACAAGUUUUAUUUUGACUGUUUGUCAAAACGUCACAAAUAACCAAAAGGUAUAUCACUUCUAUAAUUUAUGUUACACGACGAAUACACAUACAUAUAUGUUAUAUUAAGUGUUGUGUAUUUAUAGUAAUGUCCAUUCAUGCAUACACAUAUAUCUAUCUAUUGUGAAUUGCCACUUUCUCAAAUUGAUACGUUAAUAAGCAUGACACAUUUCUAAGGCCUAUCCUCACAUUCAGAGAAACUUUGAAAAAAAAAAUGGAAUGAAAAAAAAACAAACAUUUUUGUACUAUUUGCCUUUUUCUGUUGGUGCGCAUGUAUGUAAUUUGAGAGAUGUUCAGAGAAAUACAUUUCUGGAUGGAGACUCUGCAUGAGAUAGGGUAGGGUUUCUGGAUGGUGACUCUGCAUGAGAUAGGGUAGGGUUUCUGGAUGGAGACUCUGCAUGAGAUAGGGUAGGGUUUCUGGAUGGAGACUCUGCAUGAGAUAGGGUAGGGUUUCUGGAUGGUGACUCUGCAUGAGAUAGGGUAGGGUUUCUGGAUGGUGACUCUGCAUGAGAUAGGGUAGGGUUUCUGGAUGGUGACUCUGCAUGAGAUAGGGUAGGGUCUCUGGAUGGUGACUCUGCAUGAGAUAGGGUAGGGUCUCUGGAUGGAGACUCUGCAUGAGAUAGGGUAGGGUCUCUGGAUGGAGACUCUGCAUGAGAUAGGGUAGGGUCUCUGGAUGGAGACUCUGCAUGAGAUAGGGUAGGGUCUCUGGAUGGAGACUCUGCAUGAGAUAGGGUAGGGUCUCUGGAUGGAGACUCUGCAUGAGAUAGGGUAGGGUCUCUGGAUGGAGACUCUGCAUGAGAUAGGGUAGGGUCUCUGGAUGGUGACUCUGCAUGAGAUAGGGUAGGGUUUCUGGAUGGUGACUCUGCAUGAGAUAGGGUAGGGUUUCUGGAUGGUGACUCUGCAUGAGAUAGGGUAGGGUCUCUGGAUGGAGACUCUGCAUGAGAUAGGGUAGGGUCUCUGGAUGGAGACUCUGCAUGAGAUAGGGUAGGGUCUCUGGAUGGAGACUCUGCAUGAGAUAGGGUAGGGUUUCUGGAUGGUGACUCUGCAUGAGAUAGGGUAGGGUUUCUGGAUGGUGACUCUGCAUGAGAUAGGGUAGGGUUUCUGGAUGGUGACUCUGCAUGAGAUAGGGUAGGGUCUCUGGAUGGUGACUCUGCAUGAGAUAGGGUAGGGUUUCUGGAUGGUGACUCUGCAUGAGAUAGGGUAGGGUUUCUGGAUGGAGACUCUGCAUGAGAUAGGGUAGGGUCUCUGGAUGGAGACUCUGCAUGAGAUAGGGUAGGGUCUCUGGAUGGAGACUCUGCAUGAGAUAGGGUAGGGUCUCUGGAUGGUGACUCUGCAUGAGAUAGGGUAGGGUUUCUGGAUGGUGACUCUGCAUGAGAUAGGGUAGGGUUUCUGGAUGGUGACUCUGCAUGAGAUAGGGUAGGGUCUCUGGAUGGAGACUCUGCAUGAGAUAGGGUAGGGUUUCUGGAUGGUGACUCUGCAUGAGAUAGGGUAGGGUUUCUGGAUGGUGACUCUGCAUGAGAUAGGGUAGGGUUUCUGGAUGGAGACUCUGCAUGAGAUAGGGUAGGGUCUCUGGAUGGUGACUCUGCAUGAGAUAGGGUAGGGUUUCUGGAUGGAGACUCUGCAUGAGAUAGGGUAGGGUUUCUGGAUGGUGACUCUGCAUGAGAUAGGGUAGGGUUUCUGGAUGGUGACUCUGCAUGAGAUAGGGUAGGGUUUCUGGAUGGUGACUCUGCAUGAGAUAGGGUAGGGUUUCUGGAUGGAGACUCUGCAUGAGAUAGGGUAGGGUCUCUGGAUGGUGACUCUGCAUGAGAUAGGGUAGGGUUUCUGGAUGGAGACUCUGCAUGAGAUAGGGUAGGGUUUCUGGAUGGAGACUCUGCAUGAGAUAGGGUAGGGUCUCUGGAUGGAGACUCUGCAUGAGAUAGGGUAGGGUCUCUGGAUGGUGACUCUGCAUGAGAUAGGGUAGGGUUUCUGGAUGGUGACUCUGCAUGAGAUAGGGUAGGGUUUCUGGAUGGAGACUCUGCAUGAGAUAGGGUAGGGUUUCUGGAUGGUGACUGGGAGGGGUUCCUCCUGUUUUUUGUUUUCUUUGUGAAGAGGCUCUAGUUUUUUAGGGGUUGUUCUGAAAGUAAGGGAUUUAAUAUCAUGGAUAUCAUUCUGGUUUCUUUGUGCCCUCCGCCUCAGUUCUUGACACAAAGCUCAUCUGUUGCGCUGAGUCAUGGGGAAGAUUGAUAGAAAAUGAAUGGAUGAUAAGUCUCAAUUGAAUACUUGCAAUUGUAGUCUUAACCUGUAUUACAAUCUCAGCCCAGACGAAAUGAGACGAGCAGCUUUUAGAGAGAAAAUGCUCUUAGUUCAAGUGUCUGUCUUUGCUGCUGUAACUUGUCAAUUUGAAAGACUAGGUUUGCUAAUUUCAAGAGAACAAGGAGACUUAAGGCUGAAUUCAAUCAAACCGGCACAGCUGAAAACCCUCACUGCGGAAAAGUAACACUGUCUUUAUUCUGAGAAAGGGCAUGUUUUAAUUGAAAAUGUUUUCUUUUAUCUAGUGAACAUUUUCUUAUUUCAGUACUGAAGAUAUCUGAACAUGCCUUUUGUUUGCUGUAGAGAAACAAUGUUAUUGUUCUGCAAAGCAGGUUUCCCGCACUGUACGCCAUACUCUAACUAUUUUUGAUUGAAUUAAAAAGGGAAAAAAUACACUUUCUCUGAAACUAGAAUGAUAUGUUUGAUAAGAUAUCUUAUUCUACUUACUUUGUUAGUGUAGUAGUAAAUAUUCUCUAUAUACCGUCCAUGGUUUGUUUUUGUAGUGUUUCAUUUUGUAAAUGGAUUUAUCUUCUAAAUAUUAUAUUUGUAUAGUCUAUAUUACAUGUAUGAAAAAGAAAGCACUUUGUUCAAAAAAAAAAAAAAAAACAAGUAUGAAGAAAAGCAUUUUUCCUUCCAUUUGCUGCUAAACCGACCUUGUUUGAAUGCUGCAGUGAGUACUUGACUUCUGUAACCUGACCAGGACAGUGUGUUGGGGAGGUCUUAAGAGGGCAAUCAACCUUUGAUUACAAUGCCCCUAUGUUCUGAAUGACUCUAAUGUCAUGAAUUCAUUUGCCUUCAGUAGAGAUUUCCUAUGGAAAAACAAAUUCUGCUUUGGGUUUUUCUUCAGGUUGAUGUACAGUGUAGACACAUUUCUUCUGGGCAUUUGCCAGAGAGUUAUAUUGUUAUCAUUUUAAAAGUAAUUUGUACUUGUACUUAAUGGGGAAGGGGAGACUGAGGUGCUCACAACAGCUCACAUCCUUUUGUGAGUACCUCAGAAGGAAAACUAUAUCACUGUACUGUAUGGCAAGUAAUUUGCAGUGGAGAUUUAAUCCGGGAUACUUUUUGCCUUUUCAAACACCCAUCCAUUCACUUAAGAUGGCCAAUAGUGGGUUCAAUUGCGAAGUAGUGUUGCUGUGGCAACCGAUCUCGGCCAAUAUUGUACCGUCUACAACAAAGACCUUCAACCUGGUGAUAUGCUCAAAUCAACGAUGGCCUCUCCAUUGGGAUCACUGAUGGCAAGUGAGGUUGAGCUAGGGGAAUUAAUGUUGUGUAAGAAGCUAGUGGAACAUAGUGUUGUGAGGCUGAUUCCAGCAUCGGGUGUGUGUCCACGCAGGUUUUCACAUUUAACAUGAUGGGCGCAAGCUGUGCAACUUUACAUUCUAACCAGGAGACUCUGUGGCAUUUUAACAGUCAAGGAAGUGGUUGACAUUCAAAGCCAGUAACUAUUCCUUCUGCUCUAUUGACAUCAAACAUAUAAACAGAUAAUAGAUUGUGUAAUUAUGUGCUAGUGCUGAUAAUUGAAUCCAUUAUGGUCUCUUCUGCAGCGAAUCAGGGUAACUACCAUUCUUCUAAUAGAAAUAUAUGUAAUAGGAUAGUAAAUCAAAGGAAAAUAUAUUUAUGUAUUCCAAUUAACGUUGCGAUUUUUAUUUCUGCAGUUCAAUAACUCUGUGUGUGUUAAUAGGGAGUCAAUGUAAAACAAAAUGGUGCGAUGCUCUCUACAGGAUAAGAAUAGACAAAGGCCAAUGGACUUCUAAGUAUAAAUAUUUUACCUAGAUGAGUUUUUCUUUAUACUCUAACAAAUUUAAACGUACAACCUUUUUUUUUUUUCUUUUUUUUUCAAAAGGGAAAUAAAUGAUAUUUCUAGUUUUGAUCCAACCUCUGUUUUACUGUGCUGCUGCUCAUGUAUGGGUUGGUUAUUCAUGGUUUAUAUUGUAUUAAAAAGAUGAUAGUUCAUUAUACAUAACAUAUGCCUAUGCUUAACAGACCUUUUUUACUUUUUAACAAAUUAUUAACGUUUUGAUCACAUUUGAGUUAACCUUAUGCUAUAGUCUUAGACCUUGUGGAUAGAUGUCUAAUGGUAGCAUUACCAAACCGCUUGAUCACAACGAGAAAGAGACCGAUCUCGAUUUAUUCCAAUUCAGUAGACAGUCAGUAGACUCUAGAGAGGAGGCGGCAAGCGUGUUUGUCCUCUUUCUUUCAAUUCCUGAUAUGAUUUUGGCUUGCUUUUUAUGUAGUUGUUUGUAGUGUAUGUGAUGACAAUGUUCUUAAAUUGUGCACUAUGCAUGUCUUACUUGUUUUUGAGUAAGACAGUGUGUUGCUUUAGUUUUCAGCUGUCUCGUGUCUGAGCAGAGCAUUUUCAUUGACUUUAUACAAAGACGCUUACCCUGUCUCCGUAACCCUAUGGAGGUGUUCCUAGUGGUGAUAGGCAGGUGGGGAAUGAGUGGAGCUAUUUCCUCUGACAAUGGAGGAGCCACGCAUGUGUAACGGAGAAAGACCUGUCUUAUAACUGCUAGAUGAGUAUGUUCCUUUCCAUCUUAUCUAACCAGUUGAAUGCUUUGUUUUUUACUUUAAACUGUCAUUCAAAGUACCUGCAUUCUGCCAUUUAUUUAUUUAUAUAUAUAGAUAUAUAUCUAUAUCUUUUCCCAUACACCCAUAGUAUCUAUAGAAAUUGAGAACUUAAAGUAUUAACACUUGUAUAGCAGAUUUUUCAUGGGCUGUAUAUUGUGUACAUCAUUGCUUCAAUGCUUAAAGGGGCAGGCACUCAGCAGUUGCUACUCUCAGCAGUUGGUACCUUUAUAAAUGAAUGAUACGUAACCAUUGAUUCUUAAAGAAUAUAGCUUAUAUAAAUGCCUCAUGAGGUAAGUUCAACUGUCGUAACCCAUCAGAAGCCAAAAUAUAAGCUUAUUUUUUUCUCCAAUGUUUGUAAACAAAGUAAAUGUAAACAAACACUGUAGAGCCUAAAAACAUGGUUAAAACUAUACUUUUUAUAUAAUGGAUGGUCAGUCCUUGCAUCCAUAGCUCUUUGAAUUUGAGAGUGCUUACUAGUUCUCAGCGAUUAACCUAUGUUUUUGUAUUUUUUGUUAUUAACUAAUUGACCGACGUCAGUUCAAUUACUUGAAUUCCAUUUAAGUUUGUUUUAUUUGGGGGGUGGCCCCAACUCGUUGUUUUUCUUGAGAUAAAUCACAAGAGAAAUCAUGUCAGGAACUAUGUGGGACACUUGGCUGAAGGGAGUUGUAGUUUUCAUUAAGCAAACAUUCAACCUAGUUCAGCGGGAAAAAACGUGGUAAUUAACUACAAUGACCAUAAUCCAUUACGCCUGUUUUUUUCCGUCUUGGACCGAGAUGGAUACAAUUUACGCCUGCUAUGUUAGGUUAGAUACACACAGGCCACAUGAGAGAGGAAUGUACACAACACGACUACGAGAGAGACAGUUCGUGAAAGUAUGCCUUAUCUACUUUGAAAAACAAGUACAAUUAUUUAAUCAGACAGCUCUGCAGCACGCUUAGGCAGGCUAGCCUAGCUCAAAAAGGAUGACUACAGUAUGGGAAGCACAGAGAAUGUUUGCUGGCUGCUACUGCCUGAGCAGAGAAUAGGACAUUAAACAAUGAAAAAUAAUGAAGUCAUCAAAUAAAAACUAAGUAAUAUACACAUCUGAAAUGUUUUAUUUCAUAGUCAUUUUCUUUUGAUGUCAUACCUAAUGUGGACCUAAUGGAGACAAUGGAAUAUUUUCAAUUUUUCAGCAAUUGAAUGUUCACUCUUUUUGGCUUUGGAAUUUCCAUUAAAAAGCUCAAAAAUAUUGUCAUUAUUUGAUCAUGCAUUUAAUGUUUAAAUUUUUUUAUUGAAAUCAAAAAACGUUAUUUGUUAAUAAUCAAACUGAACUGACCUCAAAAAUCACUAAUCGUGCGGCGCUAGUGUUAACAUUUUUCCAUCCCCCAGUUUUUUUCCCCCCGAAACAGUGGUGGGGAGGACGCUUUGCUAUUGUUUCAACUGCUGAUUGCCGCUUUAAGCAUUGCAGAAGCAUUUCAAACGCAUUCUUUCGUAUUAUAACUCCCCCCAUAUUGCUUGUGGAACUGCUCAUACUCAAAGGUUAUAUGCUCUAUGCAGUAUAACCGUUUUGAUGUAUUAUAUUGUUGGAUAAUUAAAUGCAGAGAAUAUGCGUAGGGAAUGACCAUUGUGCAUGAAAAUCUCACUCAUCUGAUAUGUUUGUUACUGGGUCAAAAUGUACUGAGUAAUGGGUGCAUCUUCACCCUGAGUUCAAGGAUUUUGUGAGUAUCAAGGACUAUGUCCACGUGGUAUUUGAACUUAACAAGCAUAGAGAGAGUUGGUUUUGGAUGUUGAACAUAUUCAGAUCAAACUAUUUUCCAUUGCUUACCCACUGUUUUUAUGAAAACAAAAUCGUACAAACAGAAGCAUACCCACAACUCACUUGGUUUUACAAAAUGUCAAACAUAAUUUUAAUACAAUGCCUGCUAAACCAGGUGCCUUAAAAAAAUAAAUUGAAUCCAAACGUGAUCUACACCCUUCAAAGUCUUGAUGUUUUGUAUGGAUACAAGAUUUACUAUCUUUCUGCCCACUAUGCCAAGAAUUCUGACAUUUACUCUGUCUGGUGUUUUAACAGUGAUCUCGUGUACAGAUGAAAAUUGAUGCUGCUUUGCCUCAGACAGUUUUCGCAUCAGUGGAAUGUAGUCUUCCUUCAAAGGAUUCAAUAUGAGGAUAUGUUCAUACUCAGAGAUGUCCAGUGUAACAUUGGGUGGGAGAGACUAUCCAAUGUGUGCUGCAAUCAUGAUUCAGAGAAAUUUGAACUUUUUUGUAUGGUUGUCCUUAUUUCUGUAAACCUUUUUAUUUCUUUUGUAUUUAUGCUCAAAAUCAGUAAUUGUUGCACACGUUUGAAUUUUUUAAAUAUUUUUUUGCCUUUUCUACUUAGACCUUACCUACUUGCCAUACCAUUUAUUUUAUAUUUCAUUUGAAAUAUUUCCUCUAGUUUACCUAUAGAAAUUAUUUUAGAUAUUCAUGAUACCGCAGCGAGCUAUAUGUUCUUGCUGAAUUACAUUUAUCAGACCAGGAGCAUUCACCAAUGGUGAUUGAUUUAGUUGAGUUUUCUAUAGAACCUGUAGAUCUGCUUUGCAAAAACUGUCAAUUUACCAACCUAUUGUGUCCCCUCAAAAAUGAUCAAGAUAAUUGUGCCUCUUUGGUCCUCAUUAGACUACUAUUCCACAAACGGCUGGGUUUCACUUUACCCGGAGCAGUGUCACAUAUACAAGCAGAUGGCCUUUAGCAGCCGUUCUUAAAUGAAAAAACAAGGUUUGAAACAGCAACUCUUAAUGACACAUGUUGAGGUUUGCAUUGUUCAACAUAGAUUUAUGUUAACCAUGGAGUUCCAGGAAACAAACCUCGAUGUCUCCUAGUAAUUACGCAGGGGCAGGCGGCGUUUUAAACGUGGCAAAGCCUGUAUAACGCUUAAAGCGAUGGUGAAGUGGUGGGCAUCUGCACAAAUCCAGGUUCCUUGAUUUCACCAGAUUGCUCCAAAGUGCCACCACACAUUUCCCUUUAUAACUUAAGAUUGAAGGGGGCACUAAUUGGAGAGUGAGUUUAAAACAAAACAAUGCAAACAGCUGAUAGGAGGCACCACUCGCCAGCCAUGGUGCUGAAUCUCAAAGACGUACUUGAACUUCCUCAAGAGCUGCCACUCGGCCCCUGUUGCUGUGUUGGAACACUGCCUGAGGGGUGUUGCAACUCUUGACCAGUUCCCAGUGAACUUUGGACAGCGACUGACUGCUUUUUAAGACCUGCUGUAGCCACUGCAGUGUUGGUGUCAGUAAGACCUUGUCCUCAGUAAUGGUGGUCGACGACCGUGUUUUUUAAAAUUUAAUUGAAGUGGAUUGGCUGGUAGCUUUGAUAGGAUAAUACAUUUUUUUGGCUUCAGGAAAAGGCAUAGAGAUCGGUAAGGGUCACUAGGGCUGCUGGGCAGAGAUCUCUCAUCCCUUCACUGAAGUGUUGGAAUAUGUGUUCCUGCAUAGUACACAUGCAGACCAAUUCAAUGAUUACCAAUGACAUUGAGAAAACAGAUAUAACGCUCUUUCAAAGCACCAUAAACACAUCAUAUUCACACUGCAAUGAUUUACAUUUUCCUUCCAAACUUGCCAAAUUAUUUUUUGGGGAAAUCCAUACAACUCCCAAUGAGGACAAUUUUUAAAGAUAUCUCACCCAUUCUUAAAACUACACAAUUCAUACCCGUGAUGUAAUGCUUCUGAUGUUGUAUGGUAUUUCAAUAGAUAAUGUAGCAUGGGAACUUUAAGUAGUUAGUACUGUGUGUGUACUCCCCAAGUGAAAAAUAUUUGUCACAGUAGGAAGGCUGUAUUUCAUUGCUAAGUGCUCUGUAAUAAAUCUCUUGGGUGAUACUCAUAAACAAAUCUGUAUCCUGCUGAAACUAACAGUGACUUGAUCCUAUUAGAAAUGUCUAUAUUUGUAGUUCACAUAUAUGCCUGUUCAAAUUCAAUAAUAUCUUGACAGUUGUUAUAUUUAUGUUGUUUAAAUGUUGUGCUGGGUUUAUACUUUUGUCGUUCGAUCUCUUUCUCUUAUUUUUGUUUCCGUUUUUUUGGAGGCACAAUUAGUUGAACAGCUAUUGGAUAAGGAUCCUUGUAAAUGUACAGAUGUGAUGUAGGUUGGGUUCAGUUAUGAUUGAUUGGAAAAAUGUGUCUGCUUGUGUAAUUGUGCCUCUCCUUCAUUUAGUUUAGUUUUUUUAUCAUACUUUUUCUCACAGAAUUGUAUCAGCCAGGAGUUGGUACCACAGUUGUGGCUAGGUGGAGUAUAGCUAUGGACUGAAGUGACUUCACGUAGCAGGUUAGGAGAAUUCAUGUAGCAGGUUAAGAGAAUUAGGUUAAGGUUAAGAGAAUUAGGUUAAGGUUAGGAAAAGGGUAAGGGUUAGCAAAAAUGCUACAGCUGACCCCGAUGCGACUCGAACAUGCAACUUUUGGUCCAUAGCUGUACUCAAUCUAGCAACAACACAAUUUUGCUUGUAACCAUGAUUCUAUUGUCCAAUUCUAUUGUUGAUUUUAAUAUCAAAAUAAAAACAUUUGAAAAUCA